GGGGCGGUGAGUGCGGCGUGGGCGGCCGGGGCCGCGCCGCUCCGCUCCGCACCGCGCGGGCGGCCAUGGAGCGAGCCUAGGGGCCCGACAGGUAUUUAAUAAAUUCCACCCCCUUGCGGCAGAGCUGCCGCUGCCAGCCCUCUGCGUGGAGUGUUUGCACUGAAGCUUCGCCUUGGACUUCACAUUCAUAAGGCAUUUCACUCGCUGGCGUGUCAAGAACCUGUUUCAACUAUUAGAAGAAAAGACCCAAAACAGAUUUGCCUUGAAGCUUGAAGUUGCUAUGAGCCAAGGUUGAGAUUUCUUUUCUGAAACCUCAGAAUUAUCUGGAUGAGGAAUUGUGGGAGGAAAUGGACCGGUGUGUGUAAUCAUGGACUCCCGUGGCUAGCCAUCCGCACCUGCUCUCCUUGCUGGUGGGCGAGAGAGGGGGCCAGGGAGAAGGAGAAGAGGUCGCCAUGAAGCUAAAGCAGCGAGUCGUGCUGUUAGCAAUUCUCCUCGUCAUCUUUAUCUUCACCAAAGUUUUCCUGAUUGACAACUUGGACACAUCGGCUGCCAACCGGGAGGACCAGAGGGCCUUCCACCGAAUGAUGACUGGCUUGCGGGUAGAGCUGGCGCCCAAGCUGGACCACACCUUGCAGUCCCCCUGGGAGAUCGCAGCCCAGUGGGUGGUUCCCCGGGAAGUGUACCCAGAAGACACACCAGAGCUUGGGGCAAUUAUGCAUGCCAUGGCCACCAAGAAAAUUAUCAAAGCUGAUGUGGGUUAUAAAGGGACGCAGCUGAAAGCCUUACUGGUACUUGAGGGAGGCCAGAAAGUUGUCUUCAAACCAAAGCGGUACAGCCGGGACUAUGUGGUGGAAGGGGAGCCAUACGCCGGUUACGACAGACACAAUGCAGAGGUGGCAGCCUUCCAUUUGGACAGGAUCCUGGGUUUCCGCCGAGCCCCACUGGUGGUUGGCCGCUUUGUCAACCUGCGGACAGAGAUGAAGCCUGUUGCCACGGAGCAGCUGUUGAGCACCUUCCUAACUGUAGGGAACAACACUUGUUUCUACGGGAAGUGUUACUACUGCCGAGAAACGGAGCCCGCCUGUGCUGAUGGAGACACGAUGGAGGGGUCUGUGACGCUUUGGCUUCCAGACGUGUGGCCCCUGCAGAAACACCGACACCCGUGGGGCAGAACCUACCGAGAGGGGAAAUUGGCCAGGUGGGAAUAUGAUGAGAGUUACUGUGAUGCUGUGAAGAAAACGUCCCCUUAUGACUCGGGCCCACGCCUCCUGGACAUCAUCGACACGGCCGUCUUUGACUACCUGAUUGGCAAUGCCGACCGCCAUCACUAUGAGAGCUUUCAGGAUGAUGAAGGCGCCAGUAUGCUCAUCCUUCUCGACAAUGCCAAAAGCUUCGGGAACCCCUCGCUGGAUGAGAGAAGCAUUCUCGCCCCUCUCUAUCAGUGCUGCAUCAUUCGCGUUUCCACCUGGAACAGACUGAACUACUUAAAGAACGGUGUGCUAAAGUCUGCCUUAAAAUCCGCCAUGGCCCACGACCCCAUCGCGCCCGUGCUGGCCGAUCGCCACCUGGACGCCCUGGAACAGCGGCUGCUCAGCGUCCUGGGCACCGUGAAGCAGUGCACUGACCAGUUCGGGCUGGACACUGUGCUGGUGGAAGACAGGAUGCCUCUCUCCCACUUGUGAUGCCCAGCCCCAAACCGCGACACUUCUUUUUACAAAGAUAGAGACACAGCACAAUCAGUUCCAAAUGGGAUGAGACGGAUUGCCACGUGGCCUGCAGCAAGUUCUGUGACAGGGGACAGGGUGGCCGUGGGCAUCUGUCUUUGGUGUUUCUGCAGUCCAAGCUGAGGCAGAGCCACAGGUGCCAGCGUGGAGAGCUUGCAGAAUCCCCUUCUGACUUCCUCGGCCCCGCCCGGGCCCGCCCAGCAGGGGCCAGCGAGUGGCCAGUAAUUCCAUGCCAGAGGGUAGGGGACUGGGUAUGGGACUGGAAGUUGGGCUUGGCAUUGAACUUUGCAGUUCUUUCCUCCACACUUGUGGAUUUUAUGGAUACACAUUGCAAUCUCUUGUGUCUUUUUAUUAUUACUUUUUUUUUUUUUUAGCUAUGUCUGGUCAAACUGGAAAGCUUACUGCUCCUACAGAGUGGUGGCAAAUAAAGCCUUGCUCUAUCAAGCCACAGCAGCACACGCUGUGGAAGGAAGUACACGCAAGAUAAAGGAAACAGCAGAAAGAUGGUCAGGCUUUUUGUGAUUAAACAGUGUGGGGUUUUUUUCUUUGUUUGUUUUUAUUUUUUAUGACUUAGGAAGGGGCAGAGGAGAGAGAUUCACUUGAUAGAACUGAAACCAGGGAAAUGCUCUAAGGAGCGUUUAGAGGACUCUCCGUGUUUAGGAUCUUAAAGGUGUGUGAACACCAAAAUGUGACUUUGCGCCUGAGUACAGGUUACUUUCACAGCUGAGUCCAAAAUCACCAAAAAUGAAAAAAAAAAAAAAAAAACAAAAAAAAAACACCAAGAAAAUAUUGUUAGAACCCAGCACGAUUCUGCUGUAGGAACGAACUUGUUUUCCUUGCUGCCUGCACAGGCAGGUCUGUCCCGCUUUGGCAGGGCAGACGGAGAUGCCUGGACGGUGCGUCCGCUCGCCUCCGACCUGCCAGCCUGGUCUCUUCUGAAGUGAACUUCCGCGUAUGCCUAGAAGGCACUUGCUCAUUCCAGCUGUUCCCACGAGACUGGCAGCCCUGUUUCUCUUUGGGCCCUUCUUGAGAGAUGAUCGGGUCCCCCUGCUGGUGGCCAGACUUAGCCCUGCGACUCGAGCCCUGCCUGCUGGAACCUCUGCAGUUAGGAAGGCUAGCAGAGUGGAGCCUUAAGAUUGGGUCGCUGAGGGAUUCUAACUCUGCGUAGAGUCUCAUUUGGAGUUCUGAACUCAAGAUGUGCUUGUAUUUUUCCAUCUUGGCGCUCUCAGAUUUGCUAACACAUGUAGUGUUGACUACUAUAGUUAAGUGCAGGGCCAGGCCAGCCCGAUGUGGCCCCUGGCCCGUGUGCACCCUCGGGCCUCUGCUGAGAGGUGUGUGUCCCACUGAACCAGUAUGGCCAAACGUGGAAUGCCAGCCGUGGGAGGGCAGUUUUAGGCAGCCACCAUUUCAAAUAGCAUUAAAAUUUUAGGCCCAAUUUUUUCCACUUUGAAACCUGUAACUACUUUAAAUAGCAUGAAAUUAAGAAACUUCUGUAUUUUUUAUAUUCUGAGAUGGAUGGGCUGAGUUUUAAAAAGGGUGUUAGAUCUGAGAAGAUAGUUAUUAUUAAUCCAUUAGCACAAAAAAAAAAAAAACAAAUUGAGUCGACAAGAGGAGGCAUCCAUUCUACUUUGCAGGCUACUUGGGUGUGGCCAGAGCAAUUCCCCAUUUAGUUUCAGAAUCCCUUGGGGCAGCACUUCCUGCAGACGGGCCGGGAGCCAGCUGGCGGGGAACGGGGGAGCGUGCCAGCUCUGCCCUCAGCCAAUGUUAGCUGAGCUGCAGUAGGUCUUAGUGUUGUUUCAGACACAUGGCGCCUUCAGUAUGCCACACUGAAAUGAAUUAAAAGCUGUUCUCAGACUGAGAACUUGAUUCUAACCUUGAAAACAGCAGGUUCUGCUCAGCAUUAAAAAAAAAAAAAAAAAGAUGAGAAAGCUGCUUUGAAAAGAGCUGGAAAACUCCAAGUAAGUGACUCCUGGGGGGAAAUCAAACAAAAACCAGAAAAGCUGAUAGCCACAAGAGCUCACAGCACGGCUGGAGUCCUGUUUGAGGAGAGGCCUUACAAUGGCUUGUGACCCGUCCUCAGUCAUGGCUUCUCACCACCUAGGCGUAUUCUGGUCACGUCAGCCACGUCAGUGGGCUGUCUGGGGUCUGCUCUGGGGUUGGCACGAGGAAAAGUUUGCUAAGAGCUUUCAUUCCGUAACUGUUCCCACAAGGCUGCACUGUGGGUUCCAGAGGGGUGUAAGUGGUUUACUGCAUAUGCUGAUGGAAUCUUGCUGGGUGAUGAGUUGGUAAGGCACCGCUCCCCGCUGGCACUCAGGGCUGACCUAUCAAAGGAGGUUGAAGAAGGAAAUUCAGGUACACCCUUUGUGCAUUAUUAUUUGUGCAUUAUUUCAGUGUCACCCCAGGCAGCACUGUCCUCUGGAACAGGCCUUGGGCUCCCUGCAGCUGUCGGUGCCCCCGCGGGACAGCUCUGUGCUUGCGCCUUGUCACAGUUAGAUGCGAGGGAUAUGUAUGUAUAUAGUCAGACAUGUAUUUGAGAAAGAAAAACAUAUUUAUUUUGACACAGGGAAUCAAUGACUUCUGUUGCUGAAGAUCUAAAAGCUGGAGUUUCCAUCUCUGAGCGUGGACCCUAAGUGGUGUAACAACCACGCAUCCUGCGCACGCUGGCCCUGACCCCGGCCCCAUACCCGACCCUGACCCUGUGGGACUGCUCGCCAGGUAGGGCCGCGUCUUCCACCUCCCGUCUCUUGAGUCAGUGGAGAGGUAGGGGAUGGAGACUGGGCAGCCACAGGACCCUAAGGUGAUCACACAGAAUGUAGGGGAGACUGGAGUAACUUAUCGGCUUAGACGGGAAGUGGAGGAAGCACGACCCUCUGGUUUGAUCUGCCAAGGAUUUCCUCUCGGAGCACUUGCACAAAUAGAGGUUGUCCUUGGUGAAACACCAAACAAGACAGAUACGUACCCGUUUCUAAUGUGUUCUAUGGAUUUCAAAUCUGACAAAAAAAAUAAAGAUUUUCAUAAA